UUAAACACCCUGGCGGCCAGACUCGAGGAGCGUUUCCAAAUGGCAGGGUCCUUGGGCGACCUGGACCGCUCCAUUGACAUCAGGGAAAGGCUGAUUGCGGCUGUUCCCUGGGAAGAAUGGCAGGCCAUCCGGGUGGAGUGGCUUCUCAACCUCGCUGCCAGUUUGCAAAGACGCUACGAGCAGGACGAAGGCGACUCUCGCAGCGAUAUAGACAGAGCUGUCGAGUUGUCAGAGGAGGCAUUCAGAUAUGCAAGCGAGAAUUCCCUUUUGACGUGGCCCGCUCUGUGCACACUUGCAAAUGCGCUUGGCGGACGAGCCGGGGUCACACAGCAGGCGAACGACCUUGACAGGGCCAUUCAAUCACUUCGAGAAGCACAGGAGAACAUCCCAACCAAUCACGCCAGUGGCUUAGAGAUCAGUAUCAACCUCGCGAUGCGCCUCUUCCAAAGAUACGAAAUGACCGAAUCGGAGACAACAGCUGACCUUGAUGAGGCGACGGACGUUGCGGAAUCAACACUUAACAGAACACCAGAUGGCCACCCCAUUCACGCCCACCUACAAAACUUCCUGGGCCUUUUCUUCUACGCCCGCUUCUGCCGGUCUGCGUCAGAGUCAGUGGCGGAUGAGGCACUGGGCCACUUCAGGCAAGCCCUCCGCAGCCCCCAUUACCCGUCGGUCUUCCACCGCGUGCAAGCCGGCCGGAUAAUGCUCCGUAUCUGCUGUGACAUGGCCAGGUGGCAGGAGGCGUACGAGGCCUCCCUCGAAGCCAUCGAGCUGAUCCCCAGGCUCUCGUCACGCGCGAUCCGCAUCUCAGACAAGCAGCGGCUGCUCAGCGCCGACGACGUUGUGGGUUUCGGUGCUGAUGCCGCGGCCGCGGCUCUCCAAAGCGGCAGGGAUGGAUACGCGGCUCUUAGCCUGCUUGAGAUGGGCCGUCAGUCACUAGCCGCCUCCGUGGCCGAGUUGCGUCCCGAUAUGGUCGCGCUCCACAGAGAUUACCCUCCGCUCGCUGAGCGGUUUCACUCGCUUCGGGACGAGCUGCAGGUCGACUCACCGCGACAACACGCUGCGAGUAGCGAGUUUGACAUCUUAUUGGACGAAAUUCGCCAAAAGGAGGGAUUCGAGCGCUUCCUAGAGCCGCCAAGCAAUAAGGAUAUCCACGAGGCGGCGCAGGGCCAUCUUAUCGUUCUGACUGUGAGCGCGUAUCGGGGUGUCGAUGCCAUCCUUAUCGAGAGGGAUAGAGUCCACGUCUUGAACCUCAACGGGGUUACGCUUGAAGGUCUGGAAAAAUGGUCCAGGAACCUGCAGAGGCCUGCUGUGCUCAGGUGGCUCUGGGAUUCCAUCGCCAAGCCGGUCCUUGACGAACUCCGCCUUACUCGGCCGCCGCCGGACGGGUGCCUGCCACGUAUUUGGUGGAUUCCCACUGGCAUCCUGAGCAGGUUCCCUUUUCACGCCGCGGGCUAUCACUCUAAGGGUUUGACGGACAGUGUGAUUGAACUUGCCGUGUCGUCGUACAGCUCAUCAAUCAAGGCCCUUGUAGACGGCCGUCGUCGUGCCUCUUCCCUUCCGCGACCAAGAGAAAGCAAAGCACUUCUAGUCGCCAUGGCUAACGCGCCAAACCGCUCACUUCUGGGAGGCGCGGUCAAGGAGGUCCAGAUGGUAGAGGCCCUCUUCGCAUCCAAGGAUUUCGACAGUGUCAGGCUCGGCGAUAGCCGGGUGCACAAACAGAACGUCCUUCAACAUCUCAAAACCUGUCAGAUCUUCCACUUUGCGGGGCACGGCGUGGAGAACAUCUCCGACCCUUUGCGCAGUGCAUUGUUGCUGCAUGACUGGGAAACGGAUCCCCUGACUGUGGGCGACGUUCUCGAAGUGAAUCUGAGCGAAGGCAGCCCUUUCUUGGCCUACCUUUCCGCAUGCGAGACUGGCCAGGUUUCCAAGUUAAAGUUCCGAGAUGAGAGCGUUCAUCUCAUCGGCGCAUACCAGCUAGCUGGGUUCCGCCACGUCAUUGGAACCUUGUGGGUGGUUGAUGACCGCGACAGCGUCAUGAUGGCGACAACCACGUAUGAGAAUAUGAUUGAGGACAUGACAGAUGAAUCCGUUUGCCGUAGCCUUCACAAGGCUGCUUUAAGGCUGCGGGAU